ACAAUCAUCACACACACACACACACACACACACACACACUAACCCUUCUACUGAGGCCACGCCCUCCCCCUUUCCUACUGGUUGUAUUUCUGUCCCAGGGUGAUGAUGCAGUCACCUGUACCUCAGUCACCGUGCGUCAGGACAGAGAAGUAGGUUUUAAUAACAGGAAGACCGCACCAGAGCCCCAGGUUGAUCCAGUGACUCUCCGUAUCAACCAUGUCAACGUUGGACAGUCAGGAUAUCUGGAAAGCUGUAGGUGCAGCGGUGCUGGGCUUCAUCUCUGGAGUACCUGGAGGUUACCUACUAUCCUCCACAAUGGCAGCAGAACUAGGUGGCCUGGGGCCUCCACCAGAAGACAUUAAUAAGGGAGAAUCAGAGGCAGACAAAGGGUUCAUCACCUUCCUGACCCUCUUGAUAGGAAUGUUCCUGAUGUUGUUUCUGCCCAUGGUAGUAGGAGGAAUACUGUGCCUUGCCGCCUCCAUGGCAAUCAGGAAGGCUGGGGAGACUGAGCCGGACGCUACGGAGGUGGCUGCAGUCGUAACAGUGGUCCUGAUGGGGACCUCUGCUAUAUGCGGAGGUGUGGGAUUCCUCUUGGAAACAGCCAUUGGAGGACUGACUGACAUCCUCACUGUGUACCAAUACACUGUAGAAAUGGCUGUGAAAGUCAUCUUUAUUGUCGUGUCUCCUUUCAUGGCUGCGUUGGCUGCAGGGGUGUCUGUUCAGUUCGGUAAGGGAGCAGUCAAACUGAGGGCGGCAGCAGGCAUAGGAACAGGGAUACUGGCAGCCUUGAAGUCCCAGUCAAUCCUGGGGCAUUGGGGCACUAUGGGGGCUCUGUUUGGCCCGGCGGCAGCUGCAGGGGUGGCUCUGUCUGCUGCUCUAAGACGCAGCAGUAGCAGCUAUGGGAAGGCAGGGAGACUUGGGGCAACACUGGGGGCAAUGUGUGCCACGUGGUUUGGGAGAUGGACUCUGAGUUAUUUCACGGUGUGGAUUUUAAUAUGGAUCUUUCUGAUCUCACUUCUGUCCCUAGUCGUUGUGGAUCCUACCAGACCAGUUAAUCAAGGAGAAAGAAUCUCAGAUACAAUGUCAGCAGAGGAGAUAUAGUCAGGAAAUAAUUUGACUAAAUGUUUCUUUAUACCCAUUUCAGACAGAAGAUGUGGAGACGUCACUACAGAACCUGGUUCGAUUCCAGGCUGUAUCACAACCGGCCAUGAUUGGGAGUCCCAUAGGGCGGCGCACAAUUGGCCCAGCAUUGUCUGGGGUAGGCCGUCAUUGUAAAUUAGAAUUUGUUCUUAUUUAACUGACUUGCCUAGUUAAGUAAAUAUAUUUUGGGAGGUAAACCCCUUUGGCCAAUUGGGAGGGGUGGGGGUACUGUUAAACCAUGAGGGGAUAUUUGCAGUUCAAAUUAGGGAGGUUUUAAACAAUGGAAGUGUUAAUGCAUUUACAUGUAAAAAAGCAGAGAACCAUAUACACAGAGUCAUACCUGUAUUUUGGUUCUAGGGUCUGUGAAAAUGCAGGAAUCAUGACUAGUGGUUUUUAUUUUUCCAUGAUUCUGUUUUUACACCCUAUCCAUUUCAGAUAUACCAAUAACCUGGUCAAUUAGUGGGAUUUUGGUCUGUGUGUGAAAGGGAUAUUUUUCAUGCCUUUGUAAUCGUUGUAUUUUAAUAAAAUGUUAUCACCUGUAUAUAUAUAUAUAUAGGACUCCAGGUAGUCAUUGUAAAUAAGAAUGAGUUUUUAACUGACUCGCCUGGUUAAAUAACGGUUCAAUAAAAUAUAUAAAACAUUGUCAGUGGACUAACAGGGAAUGUUGGGUUUUGUUUGCAUAUUAUUUAAAUAUUGCAUGUUGGGUAUUAUUUUGCUUGUUGGGGCAGGGAGAGUCUUUUGAUUGUAAUCUCUAUGUAUGAUACUUACUCCCCUUGUUGUUAAAAAAAUGGAUAUAAUUGUACAUCUAUUUCAAAAACUUGUAUCCUUUUUUUAUAUAUCUCCAGAAAAUAUGUAUAUAAACAAAAAAAA